AACCGUUCGCAUGUAUAAAGCGGCUAUAGCACGGCCAUCAUGAGUGCAACAUUAACCAAGUACAUGUUUUGUCCUUAAAUUUUGCUUACUGGAUUUAUGUCUGCUUAUUCAAAAAAAUCGAUCAAAAAUAUAUUAGCCAUGUAUCUAAUACACUUGUAACAUUUUAUUUUAAAUAUCUUACAUUAUACCAUGCAUAAUAUCUUGAAUUAUAUCGAGAAAUAAGGAAUUGGUUGCGGUGGUGAUUUCUUAUUGUGCUUUUCUAUUUCUGAUCAAAAUUAUAUAACGAAAUUAUCUGAAGAUCAUAUUUCGACGAAAAGAUAUAAUCUUUUGUGUGAAUGGUCUUAAAUAAAUAUACAUGCGUUGUUUUUUUAAACCGUCUAACUAUCCAGGGGUUGAUGGACCGAUUUAAUCCGGCUAGUAAUUCCUAAGUCCGUCCCCACCACCUCUUACUCCGACUGCAGUGGAUGUAAUAUGUUCUUUGAUACCUUGCGAUGAUAAUCGCACCACAAGUUUUCAUUAAUAUAAUGAGUACAUGGAAGUUAAUUCAGCGACGCUGUUACGAUUUACUUUCGUACAGAUAUUCGCUACUUGUAAUAUUAAUUGCGUUCACCUGUAUAUUCAUCGGCAUAAUACACUUUGGAGAGGUGUGGAUUGAAUGGAGUAAAGAGAAAUAUGAAGCAGUCUUUCAUUCUUUUAACGACAAUAUACUUGGAAUAUCUUUUCAAAAGAAAUUGUGUCAGCAUGUACCCAUUGAUGUAGUAUAUACUUGGGUUAAUGGAUCUGAUCCAGUAUUUCUUCAAAAUCUUGAAAAAUAUAUUCCUGUAAAAGAUGUCAAUGUGGCUGUAUCAAGAUUUAAUGAUAAAGAUGAAUUGCGCUAUUCUCUUAGGUCUUUGGAAAUGCAUGCCCCAUGGGUUAGACAUGUUUAUAUAGUCACCAAUGGUCAAAUACCAAGUUGGCUAGACAUGGAUAAUCCACGGAUGACACUUGUGACUCACGAUGAUAUAUUUCCUGAAAAAAGUGAUUUACCAACAUUUUCUAGUCCUGCAAUUGAAAGUCAUAUACAUAGAAUUCCUGGACUUUCCGAUAAAUUCAUUUACUUCAACGAUGAUGUUAUGUUGGGUGCUGAAGUUUGGCCAGAGGAUUUUAUAACUCAAGCAGGUGGCCAAAAAAUUUAUCUAGCCUGGUGGGUUCCUGAUUGUUCGGAAGUUUGUCCAUGGGCUUGGGUUGGUGAUGGAGCAUGUGAUCCUGCUUGUAACACAACAAUAUGCGAAUUUGAUGGUGGAGAUUGUGAUCCAACACCAAUUUCUACUGACAGUGAAGCUAUGGAGGAUGGAAACGAUUAUCCAUAUAAAUAUUUGCAAGAAACACAAAUAAGAAAUCAAGAUGCAGUGAAAAUGUUAAAUAUUAUAAAACGAAAAAGUAAUGCUCCAUUGGUUAAUGCCAGCACCAGUACAUUAUUAUUUCGAACAUUGAAGUCCUACGGUCAAGCAGCCUUAGAAGAUAAUAAAAAGAAAAUGCACAGUAUCAACAUGCGUAAUGAAUUUGAGGAGCAUCAUAUUAAUAAAAAAUAUGAAAAUGCUAAUAAACAACAUGGCGUACGACAAACAAAUACAACGAACAUGGAAUAUACAGUAAAAUCAAAUUUUUUGGAUCUAAAUCAUUUCAAUUAUACUGAAAGACGCGCACAACUGAACCAUUAUCUUAAUGAUGACAUCAUUAAUCUUGUGCAUAUGAAUCAUUCUGAAAAAUCAAAUAAAUUAAGGCAUUCAAAUAACUGGAAACAUAGAAAUAGACAAUUGGAUACAUACGCCGAGUCUCUGUUACAUGUUAACAAAAUCUAUAAUACAGCUUACGGAUUUGAAAGACGUAGAGUCCCUGCUCAUAUGCCUCACUUACUCGACAAAUGGAUUGUCAUGGAUAUGCAAAAACGUUUCCGGUUAGUAUUUAAAAAAACAUCCAAUCACAGAGUAAGAGAUGCGGAGGAUAUGCAAUUUGCAUUUUCAUAUUUUUAUUUUCUAAUGAGUGAAAAGCGCAACGUAUCAACUGCAGAAAUUUUCGCUAUGUUUGACACUGAUAAAUCAGGGACUUGGUCGGAUAGAGAAAUUAGAACUCUUUUAUCAAGACUUUAUCCAUUGCCAUUGGACUACAGUUUAGUUGUAGAAUUUGAGAACAUAAUAUCAAAUUGUUCUCACAACAUAGAACUUAUAGAAACUGUAGAAUCUCCAUCUGGAGAAAGAUAUCUGGAUUCAACUCUCCCAGUGGUCACGAAAGAGUUAAUAUUAAAAUGCAAUACAAUCUCUAAAAGACUUAACGCCAAAUUUGGUAAAAACAGGCGUUACAAAUAUGAGAUAAUUAAAGCUGGAAGGAAUGAAAUUUUCGAAAUGCUGACCAGUAAUGUGUCGCUGACUGUUCAACUUUUGGAUGAGAUAAGGCGUGAUCCCAAGAAAUUUAUAUGCUUGAAUGAUGACAUGGAUCCAACACGUCGUUCUGAAAAUGAUGUAGUUCGGGCACUUCUCAAUGAUUUUUAUCGAUCUCUCUAUCCUUUAAGAAGUAGUUUCGAACUACCGUCUCAGUAUCGAAAUCGCUUCUCUCAUCGUCAUGAACUAUUCGAAUGGAGAGCGAGUCGUAUGAAAGCUCGAAAUUUGUUGCUAACUUUAUUAGUCCUAUUGCUAAUUGCAACAUUAUAUCAUUUGUUCCAUCAUCAAGUGCGAAGACUAUUCAGAAUGCGAACACUGCCUACUCUUCUCGUUUAAUGUAAAGUAUUUUAUGGUAAACAUCAUUGAAUCAUGUUAACUCAUAAUUGUCGUUGAGUCGAUAUUCUAAGAUUAUCAGCUUGUGACACUAUUCAAUUUAUUGCUAUUUUUUAACUGUUUUUCUUUAAGUCGAGCGAUGAACUAGAAAAUUUGCUUAUAGCUUUGUGUAUAAAAAUUACGUAGGAGUCUUGUUCUGUUGAACUACAACGGGUUUUGACAUAUUGGUGAAUAGAUUUUUUAUAAUAUCUAAUAUGUAAUUGAGUUUUUGUUCGUUUUAUAAUAUCUAACAUAUAAUUGAGAUAAUACAAAUCACUCAGUGAUCAGGACCGAAUUUAUAAUCUUUGUUUAAGGUACGUGUGAUUAGACGAUGAAUAGUGUUAAAAACUCUUUUUUUGUUAACGUAACAUUUUAUUAGAUUGUAAAAAAGUGGACUGACUUCCAACAUUAACAGAAAUACUAUUACUGUGAUACGUUAUAGAAGGUACCAUAUAGGAUUAAUUAGGAAUACUUGAAAGGUUACAAAGAUCUCGUUUUAUUUGUUACAAUAAAAAGAAAAAUUUUACUCAUCCAUUACAACUAGACUAAAUUUCUAUUACUUAGUUUUGUUUUUGUCUGACAGAUAGUAAUAUAGGGUAUCCAAAGUUGAUUCACUUUUUUAUCAUAUACAUGUGAAACGUAUAAUCCAGCGUUUUUCUUAAUCUUAGUCACAUGUUAUUAUAACGUUGAAUUAAAUAUUUAAAAAUUGACUCGUGUAUAUCAAAUAUAUUUGAAUCAAAAUAUCUCUCAAUGAACCGUAGGGUUAUACAUCACAUAGAAUAAAAUCAGUGUCCUGUCAUCGAAAACUCAUCGAAAAUCAUAUAUUUCAAAUAACAAUCGCCGUAUUUUAGAAUUAUUUAAUA